AAUCCCACUCUCUUGAUUCUCUCCUCUAGAACGAACCGCAAUGGUAAACCCGAAGGUUUUCUUUGACAUGACGAUCGGAGGCCAGCCGGCCGGCCGAAUCGUGAUGGAGCUCUUCGCCGACACCACCCCCCGCACCGCGGAGAACUUCAGGGCUCUCUGCACCGGCGAGAAGGGCACAGGCCGCUCCGGCAAGCCCCUCCACUACAAGGGAUCCGCCUUCCACCGCGUGAUCCCCGGGUUCAUGUGCCAGGGAGGUGACUUCACCGCCGGAAACGGCACCGGAGGAGAGUCGAUCUACGGCGCCAAGUUCGCGGACGAGAACUUCAAGAAGAAGCACACCGGACCUGGAAUAUUAUCCAUGGCCAACGCGGGUCCCGGAACCAACGGAUCUCAGUUCUUCAUCUGCACAGCCAAGACCGAGUGGCUCGACGGCAAACACGUGGUGUUCGGGCAGGUGAUCGAGGGGCUGGAUGUGGUGAAGAACAUCGAGAAGGUCGGAUCUGGACAGGGAAGGACCUCGAAGCCGGUGGUUGUCGCCGACUGUGGCCAGCUAUCCUAGACGGCGCCGCUUGGGCUGCUGAUGUAUGGACGAUGGAAACGUCGUCGUGUCAUGCGAUGAGUGUUUAAAUUUGGGUAUUAAAGUAGGUGGGGUCAUAUUAGAGUUUGGGUUAUGGACCUUAUUAUGGUUUUAAUUUUCCAAUUUGCCGUAUAAUGCUCUUCCGGUGGUUUCUGACCUGAGAUUGAGACUCUUUAUUCUGUAUUGAAACGAGCUAUUAUCGUUAAAUAAAAUAGGUCUUAUUCUCAAUUA